AACUAGUACUUGUGUGGCUGCUUCCAAUGUGAACAACUCUACACCAACUUUACUGUAAGUACAAACGGGCGCGGUACAUGAGUUAAUCGGACCUUUACCCUCUUGGCUGACCCUAAGCCAGUUGGAUCCAUUCCAGUUGGCUUGUGUCAGUAACUUGUUAUUCAGCGAGCAAUCUUAUUAUUUCCGGAUGUCGCAUUCAAUCCAAUGCGUACAACACAACUUGUGUAGCUGGUUCCAGUGUGAAGAGCGUCUAUCAUUGAGCAACUUUGCUGUAAAACCUAGCGGGAGCGGUUCAGUUAGGCGGAUCUUUUCCAGCUGGUAGCGGACCGAGUCGACCUCUGUGAGCACAAGGCACCAAGAGUUAAACACCUGAGGAAGUUGACUCUGAACUGAACCAAGCGUAAACCAGCACCAAGAGACCUCGUCUAGCGAUAUAUUAGACGUUAAACAAGGACAACAACAACAUGGCGGCUGGCCGGGUGGACCCGGAAGUUGUGCGGGAGUACCGGGAGAACGGCGCCGUGUGCCUCCGGGGCGUCUUCAGCGCGGACUGGGUGGACAAGAUCAGGAACGGUAUAGAGAAGAACAAGGCCAGCCCCAGCCGAUACAGCGAGAGUUUAGUCGGCCAGGGCGGACCUGGAGCCUACUUUAAUGACUACUGCAACUGGCGAAGCAUCCCGGAGUUUCAGGACUUUGUGUACAACAGCCCAGCUGCACAGAUAGCCGCUCAGCUCAUGGACUCACAGACGGCGAUUUUCUACCACGAGCACGUCCUGACGAAAGACCCGGGAACCUACAAGACGACUCCCUGGCACCACGACCAGGCGUACUAUCCUGUGGACGGGGACAAGGUUUGUUCCAUCUGGAUGCCGGUUGACCCCGUCUCCAUGGAGACGUGCGUGCAGUUCGUGCGCGGGUCGCAAGGGUGGGGCUGGUUCUUCCCGCGGAAGUUCGCCACGACGCUGAACUACGGGCUGACGGGAGACGACACGGGCGGGAAGGUGUUCCGGGACGUGCCGGACAUAGACGGGGACAGGGACAAGUACGACAUUCUCACCUGGGACGUACAGCCCGGAGACUGUAUCGUGUUCCACAUGAAGACGCUGCACGGUGCGCCCGCCAACACGGCCCAGACGCCGCGCCGCGUCGUGUCCACCAGGUGGCUCGGUGAUGACGCAGUUCUGGCGCCCAGGCCCUGGGAAGUCUCUCCGCCAAUCACAGGCGGCCUUACAUACGGGGACAAGAUGGCGUGCGACACAUUCCCCGUCAUAUGGAAGCGAGACUGAGAUUGGCUGGUCGGGAUCCGGACGAACUUUUUUAAAAAUCAUUGUUUAUUGUUUAUUUCAUGGAUCUCCAUCAGUGAGUAAAUAUACUGCACUAUU